AACCUCUAAGUUGAGUGUUCUGAAACACAUUUGUCAGUUUUCCAAUUCAAGUUUUAAUUUUUUUUGCAGAAAUAUUAUUGUUCCUUGACGAUUUUCUUCGAUUCUGCGGAGUUUUGAAUUCUGUGAGUACAACUUUUAAUUAAGCCAGGCCAGUCGGUGGAGGUCGAGCCAUAAAAUCAGACAAUAUCGGUAUGUUAUAGUAAGACAGGUGACAUCAUUUUCUCAGAGAACGGUCAUUAGAGUAUUUGAACAUUUUCCAAAAUGACGUGAUUGCUGACGUGUUUCUAGUGGUCUAUAAUUUUCGUUCAAUAAUGAACAUGAUUACAAUUUCCAUCGUUCGGUAUCAUCUUUCUGAUCAGACUGCCUACGUGCCAAGUUGCAGUAAAAUUUUCUUGGAGAAGAAACUAGCUAGCAAAAAAUUAUAAACCUACAGCGAGGCUCUACUGUGUUCUGUCAAAAAAUGAAUCAGGACCAGUCACGGGGUUCUGGCCUUCCUCAUUGCAUUUUUCGCGCUCCAUUGACAAUCGCCCGCCGGACAACGCGUAGGAAAGUCGUGUACUCCUCACGGACAAACACAUUUAGUUUUACAACUAAGAUAGAGCCGCGACGCGACACGCAACGCGCCGUAAAUCUACCCCAAAUAUGGCCGAGCCAAAAUGGCCUAGUUCGACAAACUCUUCCAUUUCAGUUUAUGAGGUAAGUCAGAAAUCCGUGACCAGUUGUACAACCAUUUCCAAAGUGAAACAAGAAAACGGGAAAUUUUUAAAAAAUCUUUAGUCUUGCAUUUCAUUGUUUCACUUUGCCAUCUGAUAUCUGCAAAAUCACUACUAUUCUUCAUUAUGCAACCUUGAAUGUGAACUAACUGUCGUUAUAACAGAGUUGAGGAGCUAACAGAGAAAAGACAAUGUGCCCCUCAUGACAUCAUUGUCUCAGAAUAUCUACUUUGAUACGGUUUACAAAGACUUUUGUGAUAGUGACCUAAACCCAUAAACAUGUUUUGCUACAGCUACACAUAUGACUGUUAAACAUCAAACGUUGAUAAGGAGGUAAAACUCCGCCCUUCUCAGAAACAGACAAACAAAGAUCUGGAAAUAACCGAGGUAUAUAUAGCCUGUGAAAUCAACAUAUUUACGAACCAAUCUUGCGAAAUGUCCCCAAAAUUCCUAUUUUUCAUCGCCCUCGCCCUCUUCCUCUCCAACACAGUAUCUGCUGGAAUCAUUCGUGAGCGACGUCAAGCUUAUUAUACAAAUGGUGUGGUGAACAAUGUGGUGUCCGAUGGUCUGAUCGGAGGACCUUCCUCUCUUGGCUGGGCACAAGUUCCCCACGUGGCGAGUCCAAUGUACAACCCCGUGUUCGGAAAAUAAAAGGAUACAUCUUCAUGAUCUCUAUUGAUCUCUGUAUUGAGUUUUUGUGCUUUUAUAUGUAAAUAAAUGUUCUUAAAAGCAAUA